AUGACCGUGGAUGUGGAGAGAAAUCCAACCCUCGCUGCGAGUGGGAAGCUACAGUCCUGUUUAGCCCCUCCUGCUGCUGUCUCUACUUUCUCUGCAACUUAGGAGGGGAGUGAACGCGCUGAUCCCGGGAGAAUGCAGCACCUACUGUGGCCUAGGGGUUCUGGGGGGCUUCCGCUGCUCCUCUGCUUCGUGCUGCUGAACAGCCGCCCAGGGGGCUGCAGCGACAUUAGUGGCCACGAUGGUCAGGGCCAAGUGGGAGUGGGGCAGCUCUGGCCCCUCCAAGGAUUUGUCUCUACAGUCUUCCAGCACUUGCAAGUGGUACUCCAGCAGAUUGUGCCCCUAAGUUUUUUCUGGAAGGAUGACAUCACCCAGGGUGUGAUGACCCAGAGGAUGGGGCACAUCAGCAAAUUCUACCCCCAAGAUCCAUGUCUGAGUCAUGGAUAGGCAACCUUUCCCACCAAAACCACUGGGAUAAGCCCAAUGGCCAAAGUGAACAGGGAUCAAUGUUUUACCUCCAAAGUGGAUCUGAAGACCCUGAAAUGAGAGGUGACCAACCCUGUCAAGAAACACCUGGGGGUAUCAGUAUGA